GGGUUGUUUCUGGGGAGCGCGACCGGCGCUGGUGUCGGGAAGAGAACACAGAACGUCGCGGGCUGGGGGGGCGGCCUCGUUCCCGGAUGCGUCCUGCGGCGUUAGGGGACCGGGCCAGCCGAGUCGCCCGCGUCCCCGCGCGCAGCGCCGAAGCCGCCGCCCACACCGAGCGGGGCGGGGGCCGGGGCCCGGGGCCCGGGGCCUGGGAACGCGCGCGGUAGGCAUCUGCUCCUGGGACUGAGGCGGCGUUUUGCCCUCCCGGCUGCUGCGGGAGCGCGGGCCGCCGCGCCGGCGGCGACAUCUUGCUCAGCAGGAAAGCGCGGGGAGAGCGGGCGGCUCCGGGCUGCUGCGCCACACGCGCAGAGGACCGGCCGGCGCCGCGGGGCCGGGGGCGCACGGAGGAGGCGACAGCGCGGCGCGGAACGGCGGGCACUCGGGGCCGGCGGGAGGCACCAUGUCCCCGGGGAGCGGCGUGAAGAGCGAGUACAUGAAGCGCUACCAGGAGCCGCGCUGGGACGAGUACGGGCCGUGCUACCGCGCGCUGCUCCACUACCGCUUGGGCCGCCGGCUGCUGGAGCAGGCGCACGCGCCCUGGCUGUGGGACGACUGGGGCCCGGCCUGCGCCUCGGACGACUCGGCGUCGUCGGCGUCCUCGGGCGCCGGGGCCCCCGCGCCCCAGUGCGCCCCGGCCUCGCCGCCGCCGCCCGUGGAGCCAGCGGCGCGCGAGGAGCCGGAGCAGCGGGCGCGCGCGGCCCCGGAGGAGGAGCGGGGCGCGGAGGCCGCGGGGGACGCGGAGGCCAGGGACGCGGAGGCCGCGGAGGACUCGGCGCUGCCAGCACUGCCAGUGAAAGACAUAAAAGAAAAACCUGAACGACAGAUCAGGACCAGAGAGCCUGACAAAUUACCCAGCAGUACCGAACCUCAGCCACCACCAAGUGCCUUACCUGCCAGAGGAAGUAGGAGAGCGGUCAAGAGUCCUCAAAGGUCAUCAACUAAAAUAAAAGAACCUAAGCACCCGUUUGCCCUUUAUGGGUGGGGAGAAAAGCAGACGGAUACAGGGAGCCAGAAAACUCACAACGUCUGUGCUUCUGCCCCCGUGCAUGAGAGUGAUUGCGUUUCCCCUGCUCAUCCAUCCCCCGGAGGUCUGGUUCUCCUCGGACUCAGCCCUGGAGUGUCCCUGUGUGAAGGCCUGAGGACACGGCAGAUGAGGGGGCCUCACGUGUGGAGCCACAAAGCAAUGACUGUGUUAGCACUAACACUGUCACUCCAGCCCAAAGCAAAGAGGGAAUGAAAAGCAGCAGAAAGUUCAGGCUGUUUGAAUUCUGGUUAAAUACCAGGAUCCACUGUUCACCGAACAGACUUCUGAGCCCUAGCAGAUGGUGCCGUUUAGAGUGAUAUUUGAGACAACAGAGCUGUCCUCUGGCAACCCGGUGGGAUUAAGUUGAACAGGGUUCAUUAAACGUCUUAGCUGGUAAAAUCCUUUGAGAUUUGUUAGUAUUUUGCUGUAAGACAUUAUUUAUUUUGUAAGUAUUUAUUUUUUAUUUUUUGGCUGCGUUGGGUCUUCGCUG